CGUCAUAGAGUCCGCCCGGCCGCGCUGACGUCACUCCUCCUACACCCGUUGCAGCCAUGAUGCAGGAAGGGCUGGACGACGGACCCGACUUCCUCUCCGAGGAGGACCGGGGACCGCGGGCCGUCAACGUGGAUCUGCAGACGGACGCCACGCUGCAGGUCGACAUCUCCGACGCCCUCAGCGAGAGAGACAAGGUCAAGUUCACCGUCCACACCAAGAGCACGCUGCCAAACUUCAAGCAGAACGAGUUCUCGGUGGUCCGGCAGCACGAAGAGUUCAUCUGGCUGCACGACUCGUUCGUGGAGAACGAGGAAUAUGCCGGAUACAUCAUCCCUCCGGCUCCUCCCAGACCAGACUUUGAUGCGUCCAGAGAGAAGCUGCAGAAGCUGGGGGAGGGGGAGGGCUCCAUGACCAAGGAGGAGUUCACCAAGAUGAAGCAGGAGCUGGAGGCAGAAUACCUGGCCAUCUUUAAGAAGACUGUCGCCAUGCACGAGGUGUUUCUGUGUCGCGUUGCUGCUCAUCCCGUCCUCAGGAAGGACCUCAACUUCCAUGUGUUCCUGGAGUACAACCAGGACCUGAGCGUACGAGGGAAGAACAAGAAGGAGAAACUGGAGGAUUUCUUCAAGAACGUGGUGAAGUCUGCAGACGGCGUCCUGGUGGCCGGAGUCAAGGACGUGGACGACUUCUUCGAACACGAGAAAACGUUCCUGCUAGAAUAUCACAACAGAGUCAAAGAUGCCUCGGCCAAAUCCGACAGAAUGAUCCGCUCGCACAAAAAUGCUGCUGAUGACAUCAACAGAAUCGCCUCGUCUCUGUACACAUUAGGAACGCAGGACUCCACAGACCUCUGCAAAUUCUUCCUCAAAGUGUCGGAGCUGUUUGAGAAAACGAGGAAAAUUGAAGCUCGUGUGGCAGCAGAUGAAGACCUGAAACUGGCCGAUCUGCUGAAAUAUUACCUGAGAGAGUCUCAGGCUGCAAAGGACCUGCUGUACCGGAGGAGUCGGGCUCUGGUCGACUAUGAGAACGCUAACAAGGCUCUGGACAAAGCUCGGGCCAAAAACAGAGACGUCCUGCAGGCCGAGACCAGCCAGCAGCUCUGCUGCCACAAGUUUGAGAAGAUCUCCGAGUCGGCCAAGCAGGAGCUCAUAGACUUCAAGACGAGACGAGUGGCGGCGUUCAGGAAGAACCUGGUGGAGCUGGCAGAGCUGGAGCUCAAACACGCCAAGGGGAACCUCCAGCUGCUGCAGAGCUGUCUUGGCGUCCUGAAAGGUAACACUUAACUGUACGACCCCGCCCACAACCCACUGGCAGCGCCCCUUGUAUGCAGUCCCGCCCACCUCCAGCUGGACACGCCCAUCAGGGCGGGGCAGGGGGGGCGUCGCCCAGAAGGACGGACGAACGACACCAAGAACUCUGGACCAGAGAGAGAGAACAGAGUUAAAACGGCAGAAAGUCUUCAUCACUAGCAGACACAUCCUCAUCCUCCCCCUGUGUGACUGGUUCCACUGGUCCUACUGGUUCUAGUGGUUCUACUGGUCCUAUUGGUUCCACUGGUCCUACUGGUCCAGUAUGAGACCAGCAGCUCUUGUUACUGAGGGACGUUCAUAUUCAUCUAUAAUAAAUCAUUUUAGAUCAUAUCAGAAUAUAAUCAGAAUAUAAACAUCUCCCAGUCUGGCCAGUUGGUCCCAGUUCAUCUCUACUGGUCCCAGUUCAUCUCUGCUGGUCUUCAUCCUCCAAAAACCUCCAUCGUCCGGUUCACUUUGUCUUUUGUUGAGACGGUAAAAAGAGAAGACUUUCUUUUGUAAUUAUGAGACUAUUUUCUCAUAUUUAUGAAACAGAUUUUCUGGUCAUAUUUAGAAAAUCUUUCAUAAAUAUUAAAAACUUCAUGUAGUUAAGAGACAUUUUUUCCAGUAAUUAUAGACAAUGUUUUUGUAAUUCUGAGAUCUUUUUGUCGUAAUUUCAAGUCUUUUUUCUCAUUUAUAAAUUGAUGAUUUCUUGUAACCUUUCGACAGAUUUUUCUCAUAAUUAUGGAAGAGAUUCAUCAUAAACAUGAGACAAGUUUGUCAAAACCAUCAAACUGUUUCCUCUCACAGUUAUGAGAAAUUACCAGACUUCUGAUGACUGACAAUUUUUUUCUCAUAAUUAUAAGAUAGAUUUUUGUAAUUAUGAGAUGGAUUUUGUUUCUUAGUUAUGAAAGAUUUCUCAUAAUUAUCAGACAAUUUUCAGAAUGAUGAGACUUUCUCAUAAUUCUGACGCUUUGUAACUUAGAACUUUUUUGUUCUAAUUUGGAUUCUUUCAAAAUUAUGAGAAUUUUUUUCACAACCAGGAAAGAGUUCUCAUAAUUAUGAAAGAGAUUUCUCGUAAAGAUGAGACUAUUUUCUCUCAUAGUUAUGAGAAAUUACAAGACAGACUUCUUAUAAUUGAGACAGUUUUUCCCCUCAUAAUUAUGAGAUCAAUUUGCCGUAAUUAUGAGACAAAAUUCUUGCAAUUAUGAGACUGAUUUUGUUUCAUAAUUCCGAAAGAGAUUUCUCAGAAUUAUCAAACAGAUUUCCUGGAACUGUCAGACUGUUUUUGUCUCAAAAUUAUCACACUGAUUUCUCAUAGUUAUGGGUGUUUUUCUCAUCAUUCUUGCGUUGUUGUAUAUUUAAUUUUUCAUAAUUAUGAGACUGAUUUUGUUAAUUCUGGAAGAGAUCUCAUGAGAAUUUUUCUCAUGAUGACACUUUUUUGUAACUGUGAGAACUUCUGUUUUGGUUUCGAUUCUUUCAUAAUUGAGACUUUUUUGAAAUCAUGAAAGAUUUCUCAUAAACAUGAGACUGUUUUCUCAUAGUUAUGAGAGACUUUUUUUUCAAAAUUACAAGACAGACUUAUAUUUGAGUAUUUUUCUCAUAAUUAUCAGAUACAGUUUUUGUAAUUCUGAGAAAAAAUCUUGUACUUAUGACAGAUUUUGUUUCUUAAUUCUUAGAGAUUUCUCAUAAUUAUCAGACAGAUUUCUCAUAAUUCUGAGUUUUUCUUAUGACACUUUGUAACUUUGAGAACUUUUACUAUUAAAAUUUAAAUUCUUUCAUAUUUAUGAGACUUUUUUUCUCAACUCGGAAAUAUUUCUCAUACUUAUGGAACAAAUUUAUCAAAAUUACAGCAUUUUUUCUGAAGAUUUCUCAUCAUUCUAAAAGUUAUUUCUCUGAUUUUUGAGAUAAUUCAGACACAAAGUCGAGGCACAAAGAUCAACUUGUUUCAAGAGUUUUGCAGCUUUGGUAAAGUUUAUUUUCUUGGUUCAUUCAGCUGUUACGUCCUCAUCUAGUUCUCAGAUUUAUUAAAGAAAACCUUGAAACUCGUUGGUUUCAACAAAAGACGAACUUCUGGAGGUUUUUGUUUUUCUGUCUCUGGUUUUAUUUUCUCCAUCCUCUCCUGUCAUGUUAUUUUGGUGGUUCUUGUGUGUCUGGGAUGGUUUUAUUGUGGCGGUGUGCUGCUGCUGACUCGGCUCUCGGUCCCGUUCUUAUUGAAGUGUAAUUUCACCAAUAAAUAAAAAGACAGCCUUGUACAUGUUUGUAUUAGUUCCCUAAUCGACGCUAACCUUCCUCCUGCUGCUCAUCUUCAUCACUAACUGUAGCUUCUUUUCUCCUCCGUCACUUGUUUCUUUGUCAUUCCAGUUGAUGGUGGAGCUUCAGUCUGUUUGCCUUAACGUUGAUCAGUCGCUCCGUUUGAUUUAUUGUAAAGAAAAAAGUUUUAAAAAAUCACCGAAUGAAAGCAGUUUUUUGUUCCCGUUCUUUUUUAAAGUGCACUGUAUACGAAUGUUUUUCACUCUUAUGUGACCAAAGCUUCCAUUUGCUGAUUCAACAUGGAGACGUGAUGAAACAGAAAGAGAAGAAUAAAAGUGAUGGUUCUGAAAAUUCACAACAUUUUAGUUGUUUCAACUUCAGCAGGUCUGUAAUCCACCCUGGUCAUACUGAGAUCAAUAAAACUCUACAGACACUUUU